CAAAAACUCGCCUAUAAUAACGCAUUUGAAUACAUUUUAUUUAACCAACUGUUAAGGUGCUAAAAUGCUACGCAUGGCAUCAUCAUUAGCCUUGUUAUUAAAUUUAGGAUUAUACGACUCUUGUUUUAGUGAAAAAACUGGUAUUACAUUUACUUUUAAAGAAUACCAAUACAAGGAUUCACCCAAAAAUGAAAUGACAUUCCGUGAAUUUGAAACAGCAUGCGAACAAAGCAGCGCCUGUAAUCAAAUAAGUGGCUUACCACGAACACGCUGUGUUCGAGAGUGUGUAUCACCAUCAUGUUACAGAGAAAUAUAUUCAUCAGAUCCGCUUGAGGAGGGCGAAAUUGAUGUCAGACUAAAUUCAUUUAAGGGCUGUUUCGUUCAAAGAAGUGGCCGAACGAGAAAUUGAUUUUGUUCAACAAUAAUAUCAUCAUUUACCUUAUGUGUUAAUAAGAUAAAUAAAAUACGGCGUAAAAUUGCAUUUAUGUUGCUCCUCCUGACCAUUACCUUUUACAAAAAAGAGGCAUUAAUGAAGAGAGUAGUGGGAAACUAUCGACGAAAACUUUAAUUGUACUUAACUUUAGACCUAUUAUAUGGAUAGGUUUUGAAUUUAGGGCAAAAUAAUGAAGAAUCUCCAAACCAAAUAUAGCUAUAUCAGGAAAGUUUGUGGUUUGGUUACUGUAUUAAACCUACUGACAUUAUUGCAAAGUGCAAUGUAUAAAUUGUAUUAUGAACUUAUUAAAGAUGUUUGGGUACGGUGAUGAGUAUCUUAUCAGUAUUGAUGCUCUUAAAAAGCUCAACAGAGUUCAAAAUGUAGAUAUGUUUAAUUCAAAUAUAAUAAAUAUCAUUGUAGAUACUUCAGAAACAUUUUUAACGACUUCAUUUCCUUAAUCGUAACCCUCCUACUAGACUAGAACUGUGGUUAUAAUGCGACGAGAUUGAUACUAAAGAUUUCGUUUGGUCGGACCAUCACAUGGACUACCUUCCACGUACUCUGGGUCCUUCUUAAUUGGACCAUUUAUAUUGUCAUUUAUUAUUAUAAAUUUUUCUCAUCGGUUUUCUUUUCAAAGUUUUUGGAGUAGUUAGUUUGAGUAUUGUGUACAAAAGGUGAAUAAUGUAAUUGUGUUUUGUUCUCGGAGCAUGGGAACUUUAACACAAAACAUACCCAGAGCCUCAGUAUUUCUCUUCUUAAAAUUUAGGAAAACUAAUCGACAUAAAUUAUUUAUAUUAAUAUUUACAGAUUCUUAGCUGUACUUUCUUAAUAAUGUAGAUAUAUCUUAUAAUUCUAGUUUAUCCACUACUAGACGUGGCUUCGCGUCGCGUCUUUUUGAUUAUUCACAAAAACAGUUUUAUUAAAAUAAAUUUAAAGUUUUUUAGCUGCUGAAACGAUUGAAGUUCCUAUGGGAAAGACAAAUUAAAGACUAGAACGAUACAGGUUCCUAUGACGUCAAAGACGAAUUAAAGACCAGAAUGAAUUGGAUUUGGAACAUAAAGCUCGCAUAAUGACAAUUUAAUACCACUUUUAUA